CCGUCCAGUAAAAUCUUCUCGCCACCAAAUCCCACCACCUUUUAUUUUUCUUUGAAAUGGAUGCUCUUGCUUCUUCAAAUCUCAUGCAAGCGCCGUGGCAAUUGCUGCGGAACCUCCAAUCACUCGCUGAACUUUAGGGUUUCUGCUUACCCCCCAAUGGCAGCGGCGAUUGGGUGGUAUGGUCCUCUAAUCGAUCUUUCUAGGGCGUCUUCUCACGUUGGCGACUUGGUUCAGCUUCUCGUCUUCGUCCACCGCUCGCAACCGACCGAGAAAGUUAUUGCUUCUAGUAGAAGAUCCAUCUUGAUGACAAACAUUCAGGUUGGUGAUGAUACGAGACCAUAUUUUUUGGUGUAUGUUUGGCAUAAAUAUAUAGGAACUAUGAUUGUUCCUGGAGAUGUCAUCUUAUUACAAAAUGUCAAGAUCAUGAAAUUUAGAGAAGUUUUGGAGGCUACAACUCUUCAGAUUUCUUUGAUGACAGUUUUGGCUCGUGGUAGUGAUUUAAUUGCAUCUAAAGACAGUGAUCAGUUAAUUGCACAUUUGCGAUUGGGAAGUAUGGUCAGAGAAAAAUAUAGUAGGGUCAUGUACUGGAUACAACAUACAGAAUCUGCAUUGCUCCUUAUUCGAAAAACAGAUGGAGGGCAGCGGAAUACCUUACAAGUGCUUAAAAAUUGGAAGUCAGCUGAGGGUCAAACGCCAAACUUUUUAUCCAUCAGAGAAGUGCUAUCCCUUGGGAACACAUGUAAAGUAGUUUUCCAUGCCUUCAUCGGUGAAAUUUUUUUGUCAUCAUGUUGGAGAUACGAUGAGGCUAAAGAACAUUUAUCUUUGAGAAAGUCUUUACUCGAGAUGGAUAAGACCAGGAUCACGGAAAAUCUUAUCUGUGUGGGUUGUACGAAAUGUGGCUUUCCGCUGGAUUCUAGGUUUCCACUUUAUUGCAGCAAUAAUUCCAAUUAUGUUCAUGAUAUUGGUCAGAUAUACAGACCAUUCCUGUUGCAUGUAUGGGACUAUACUGGCUUCAUACCUCUGCUAGUUAAGAACAGAGCUGCAACAAUCUUAUUUGGAAAUAUUACAGCAGAAAUGGUGUACAAAUGCUACAAUCAGAAAAGCAUGAAUCAUACCUCUAAUACUUCGGCCUUAACCGGUUUCGCCGGUGAUGAAAGCCGAAGAUCUGGAAGCAAUUCAAAAGCUGGGAAUGGUGGCAGAAAUAAACCAAAUUUCUAUCAUAUCUGGUUUGUUUUAUUAGAAGUUUUACUGAAGCAGCAAGAGAGCCCAUUUCAGUUUGAAGUUAUUGUUGACAAGGAGAAGGACAUUGAGAAUGGAAGAUUUGAAUUGACUUUGCUAAGAAUGCCUUGUUAUACAAGUGAGAGACCUUUCAUCAAGUAAAAAUAUUAGUAAAUGAGGGACCUCUUCAAGAUUUUGCUACUGGGGAUAUCUUUGUGUUGCAGUUAAAAACAUGGGAAGAGCAUCUUUCAAGAUUGAUAAUGUUUGUCAACCUGUGAAAUAAAAUCCUGAGUGAGUGAUUCUUGAAUUUAUUUAUAUCUAUUGAUUUAUGGUUUCUUCUA